AUGUCCAGCCCAAGCCCAAGCUCCAACGGAAAGCCUCACAAUGAGCACCGAGAUGACCUCAACAAGAUCCAGACCGCGGCCAGCAUACCCAUCUCGCCCGAGCUGUUUGAGCAGUUGUAUCUGUCGCCGAAGAAUAAAGUCAAGGGAGAGCUAAGGCAAAAGUUUGGCAACCCGACACCAGUGGGCUUCCUACUAUGCACCACACCCGUCUCCAUGUCGCUGCUAGGGUGGCAGGGAGCUGGUGGGUUCUCUGCGGCGGCCAACGUUGGUGCUUACUUCGGCCUUGGUGGUCUGUUCCUCACUCUGGGAGGAAUUGGUGAAUGGAUCCUUGGCAACACGUUCCCCGCGACAGUCUUUUGUCUCUUUGGAGGCUUCUGGCUUACCUUCGGUGCAACUGUCGUCCCAGGAUCCGGCGCCUACGGUUCAUACUCGACUACUGGGAACGUGGCCGAUGGCAUGACCGAGCCCCAGUUCUACUCGACUUUCUCUUUCUUCCUCAUUGCCAUGGCGAUUCUUUGCGCAAUCUUCUUGGUAGCAAGCAUCCGAACCAACAUCAUCUUCUUCCUCAUCUUCCUGCUGCUCGUUCCUUGCUUCAGCUGCCUCUCCGCCUCGUUCUUUGCCGUAGCCCAUGGUGCCUCUGAUAACGCUCUGACCUUUCAACACGCCGGUGCUGGGCUGCUCCUCGCCGUGUCGCUUCUUGGCUGGUAUAUCUUUCUUGCUCUUGUCCUUCUGUCGGUCGACUUUCCCUUCUGUCUUCCCCUCGGAGACCUCUCGACUGUCAUUAGAGGACGUGGUGAUCAGCCCAAGCAGGAUGUGGAUGAGGUUUAA